GGAGACAAAAUUUCAAAUGUCUGUAAAAAAGGAGAGGAACGCAAUUAGUCAAUGUUCACAGGUACCAUAUAUCCAUUUUCAGGUUUACCUCUUUAUCAUGUUCAAUUUGUGUGAUGUUUUGUAAAAUAUUGUUGGCUGAGUGAGAUAGGAAAUGCCGACAAAGAAAAUAAUGAUGGCCAAUAAAAAUUGAAGUCAAAUAAAUGUUGGUUGGUUGUUGAUGGGACGCAUAUAUAUUUUUUAGGCACCUUUUUUCAGGAAGGACAGCUUCAAUUGAGGAAUAGGUAGCUGAACGAAAGUUUCCAUUGUUUUAUUGUUUUGCAAGCAUUUGCCUUGUGUAGGAUCAGUAGUAAUAUUUAUGGAUUAAGUAUUUUCCGGCGGGGUGAGCUGGCUAAUCCCAAAUAUGAGGAUUAUGAUAGGCAAUAAAAAGUAAGUCUAGUUUAAUGAAAUGAAAGGAAAAUUCUUAAUACAUGUUCAAAGGUGAAACAUAUUGUUAACAUUCAUGUCGCCCUUGGUAAUGAUUAAUUAGGAGAUUACCUGAUACAAUACAAAUAGGAACAUUAUAUUCGUAGAUAGUCAGUAAGUUAUAAGCCGCUUACACCAUACAUUGUAUUUUUUUCAGCUAAAUUUAUAAAAUUAAUUAAGAAAAACCUUAUACUACUUACAUUUGCCAUUGUUUGCUGUAUAUUUUAAAUUAUUAUUGAAAGAAGUUAUUUACAUUUGCAGUAAGUAGUAUGACAGGGAUUGUAGAUACUGAGGCGUGGAGGGAGUUUUUCUCCGUGCUACAAACCUCGCCGGAGCUUUGGAAGAUCAAAGCGGAUGUCUUUAAAGGCAAACAUAAGAAAAAAAUUGCACUUUCGAAACUAUUGGAAGUGUACAAGUCCAUAGACGGCAACGCAAAUGAAGACACCGUGAAAAAAAGACUUCAAAAUAUAAGAAGCUGCUUCCGCAGAGAGUGUAAAAAAGUUGAGAGGAGCCGAAAAUCUGGAGCUGACGUCGAGGAGGAAUAUGUACCAACGUUAUGGUACUUUGAUCUAGUUGAGUUCUUGAGGGAUCAAGAAAUCCAGCUGAGUGGUACGUCUACCGUCGACUUGCAUGAUGGAGAUCUUGAGCUACCAACGGUAAGUAACUAUUAAUCUAAGAUUCUAUACUUACAUUUCAAAUUAUUCGUUAAUUUAUGUUACAAUUAACGUUAUUUAAUUAUUUCAGGAAACAUUAAGUCAAACAAACAUGAUUUGAGAAAGGAUAAUUAGCAAGUGGAUCAUAGGCCGUUAAUUUCUUUGUCUUUCUUUACAUUGUAUUAAAUUAAAAUAUGAACACAUAAAAAUAAGAAGUUGGUAAACCACAUUCUAACUAACCUCUUGGUGAAAGCUGACACAGAUAUAUUUAUAUCUGCACUUCCUAUAUCAGCAUUAUUACCUUC